AUGAAGUACAUGUCAGGAACAUCUUCUGAUCAUCGCCCUAUGACUAUUAACUUGCAAAAGAAGUAUGCUUUGUAUGGCCCGACUCCAUUUCGAUUCCAACGAAUGUGGUGUGAGCAUGAGGGUUUUUUACCACUUGUGGAGGCAGCAUGGAGAUUGGGAGAGAGUGGUUUGAUGUUGGGUGGCUUAGAAAAAGUAAUGGCUAAACUGAAGGCUACUAAAAAAGCUUUGAAAUUGUGGAAUAAAGAGCUUUUUGGGAGGGUUGAUAAUGUUAUUUUGGAAUUAGAAGAACGUGUGGGGGCUCUCGAUAGUAGGUUACAAGCUGCAUUUUCUAAUGAGGCAGAACAAGAAUACUUGAGUUCUAAAAUGGAAUUGGAGGAAUGGCAAAGAAGAGAGGAAAUUAGAUUAUCCCAACUGGCAAAAAAGAAAUGGUUGUCUGACAGUGAUAACAAUUCAAAAUUUUAUCAUGCUGUAGUCUCGCAAAGACGAAGAAAAUCAAAGUUAAAUCAGAUGAAGCUUACAGACGGCACUAUCAUGUCGACUCCGCAACAAAUACAUGCAGAAGCUGUGAAAUAUCUUCAGAUUGUUCUUACGAGUGAGGAAAGCGAAAUUAUUUUGGUGCAGAGAAUGAGUGUUAUACUUUCUAGGAUUAUUUCUCAAGAGCAAGGAGCCUUCAUCCCAGGUCGAAGUAUUUUCGAGAACAUUACACUCACUCAAGAAUUAGUGAACUCUUUGAAUAAAAAGGUUCGCGGUGGAAAUGUGAUGAUUAAAGUAGAUAUGGCUAAAGCAUAUGAUAGGGUGGAGUGGCAUUUCUUACUUCAUGUUUUAUCAUCCUUUGGGUUCCCGAUGAUGUUUUGUAAGUUAAUUGAACAAUGUAUAUCCACACCAUGGUUCUCAGUGAUGAUGAAUGGAACCAUGCAAGGUUUUUUUAAAUCAACGCGUGCUCUUCGUCAAGGAGAUCCUUUAUCCCCUUAUUUGUUUAUUAUCAUACAAGAGGUGUUGACUAGACUGCUGAAGAGGGGUUUUGAGGAAGGACAGAUUGGGUGCUUCUCACACCCUAGGGGCACGACUGCGAUAACUCAUUUGAUGUAUGCUGAUGAUUUAAUCAUUUUUGCCAAUGGAAGGAAAAGGUCUAUCAGAGAGCUCAGGAAGGGUCGUUUAACUGCCCGCCAUCUUGAGCCCUUGGUGGAGAAAAUCAGAAAGAAAAUUGCAGGUUUGGAAGGACUAGGAAGAAAUGGUGUUCUUGAGAUAAACUUUGUAAACCGAUGGUGGAGGGGGAUCAGAGUUAGGAAAUUUGAAGAUGUCCAGCGUACCCUACAGAUGAAGUUUGCAUGGAAAUUACUGUCAUCAGAUUGCUUAUGGGCAACCUUUUUUCGGGCAAAAUAUAUGAAGCAUGGAUUGAUUGAUGUCUCCAAUAUACGCUGUAUAGGCUCUCGAUUCUGGUGCUCUAUUGUGGGAUGCAUCCCUGAUGUGAUUAAUAGAAAUCAAUGGCGGAUUAGGGAGGGUUCCAUCUCGUUCUGGUAUGCUCAUUGGUUAGAUGAUGGCCCUUUGUCAUGGGACGCAUCACAUAUUGAUCAACCAACUCUUAGAAUCAACGAUAUUUGCUUGGAUAGUGGUUGGAAUAUGAAUCAAUUACUGCAACUUGUAGGGGAAGACAAAGCCGCCAGUGUUAUGGCUAAGGUGAGUAAAUGUAGAGAGGGGGAUGAUGUUCUUAUUUGGAAACCGAAUAGAAAAGGAACAUUCUCUUCCAAGAGUGCAUGGGACAUGAUUAGAGUUCAACAGCCCCAAACCUCUUGGGGUAGAUGGGUAUGGCAUUCUGCACUCCCAAAAAGAAUGUCAGUGAUAAUGUGGAAGGCUUUUUCUAAAGCUUUAAGUGUUGAUAGUAGAGUUCGGCAAAUGGGUGUAGCCUUAGCUUCUCGUUGUGAUUGCUGCCUUACAGGAAAUGAAGAAAUACCCAACCAUGUUCUUAGUACAGGUGAGAUGGCAAACGAAGUUUGGAGGAAAGGUUCAGUGGCUUUGGGCAUUCGGUGGAGAUCUAAACAAAACUGGUAUGAUAGAGUAAAUUUAUGGUGGGCCAUUACAGGUUAA